UUCUUAUUGAAAGAACUGUUGUUAAUUUGAGGGUAUUGUUAAGCCAGUAAGAAGGGACAUGAACAAAUAUUUACAGAUCCUAGUGACACUGAAAUUGAAUGGGUAAAGUAAAAAUUGGUUUAAAUCUGACUUGUGUUAAAUUUCCAUGUUUUGCUGUUUUGUGACAACAUGCCUUUAUUCAGCAGUCUUCUAAUGAUGAUGUGAUUUAUGAUUUAAAAGGCCUGAACCAAUAUGGAUGUUAUACCUUGCAUCAGAAGUAUAGCACCAACAUCUAAUUAGCUCUCUCCUGAGCCCAAAGUCUCUGAGCCCAACUCUCCCUUCAUGAUGCAGUGUGUGUUUUGAGAUAAAUGAUAUAACAUUAUGCUCAAGGUGGUUGAGUCUCAAGCAGUAGGGAGGCGGAAGCCAGCCAAUGGAGCUCCGUGCCCACUGAUCCCACGGGACUCACUGAAGACACCGGAACUGUACUUGCUGUGUUGGGUUUUGAUGCACUCUGUAUUGUGCUUACUUGUUUAACCUCAGAACUAUAGACUGUGGGGAGACUGGAAGAACUGGGGGUGGUUAGUGGCACAGGGAUGAAAAGUAGCGGGCUAGCUCUGAGAAAUGCAAAUAAUCUCUCAAAAGAUUGCUAUAGGGUUUACUGGGAUGUAACUAGAAUUUUAAAACAUUUUUUGCAUGCAUUUUUAUUACUAGAUAUGUCUCCCCUCAGCUAACUCACAUUGUCAGUCCCAAGAGAUUGAGUACAAUACAGUAUGAGUUAAUCUAUUAGUUUUUUUGUGUACAAUUCUAAUAGUGAAACCCUGAGAUGUUAAGUUUUGCUUUCAGAGCUGUACAUGUUUUUGAUAAGGCUAAUUAUAGCUCAGGAUUAGCUUAGACAGGGUUAGAAGGUAGGUCACCCCAUUUCUGGGGCCCUGCCUCCCUCUAGAUGUUUUCUUUUCAAUUAUUUAAAUGGCCAUAUUUGUUUCUCUCUCCCCUUCAUGUUUGUGUUGCAGCACCCUGAUAGCAAGAUGAUGCAGAUCAACCUGACGGGGUUCCUGAAUGGGAAGAACGCCCGGGAGUUCAUGAGGGACCUUUGGCCCCUGCUGCUGAGCGCGCAGGAGAACAUCGCUGGCAUCCCCUCUGCUUUUCUGGAGCAGAAGAAAGAAGAAAUCCGACAGAGACAGAUUGAACAGGAGAAGCUUGCUUCCUUGAAAAAGGUUGACCAGGAUAAGAAGGACAAGGACACAAGAGAAAGGACUCGAUCAAAGAGCCCAAGAAGGUGGAAGACAAGGUCUCCAGGGAAGCGUGAAAGGAAGCGUAGUCCGUCGCGAUCCCCAGUGCGCAAACCCAGUCCAGUUGUUGGAGACUCCCCCCCUCCACCUCUGAUGCAGUCCAACACUAAAACGUCACAGCAGCCUGAGGAGCCAGACACGUCAGGAACAGGCCUGCCAGAAACCGUUAUCCAAGAAGCUUCGUCUACUGGGUUAAUUGACACAGUUGUAGAGUCAGUUAAAGCAGACUCUGUGGCCGAAGUCAAAGAACCGUCCCCAGAGAAAUCCCUCAAAAAAGAGGAAAGACCGAGGUCUCGUGAAAGAGAAAAGGAAACGAGGAGGGAAAGACCCCACCACCGCUCUCGCUCACGUUCUCACUCUCGUUCUCGCAGGCGACGCUCCAGGUCUAGAUCUUACUCCCCUCGUAGAAGACAAAGUCCCAGAAGGAGAAUGUCUCCCCGUCGGAGGAGUCCCCCUAGACGGGGCCCCACCGGCUCAAGGCACAGACACCGGCGGUCUCCUGUUCGCAGGAGGCGUUCCCGUUCUGCUUCAUCUUCUGGUAGCAGCUCCUCAGGGUCACGUUCACCUAAGAAACCUGUGAAGAGAAUAUCUGCCACGCCGCCCCGGAAACAGCUCCUUCGUCCUGGCGCUUCUGUAAGCCCCGUUGGGAAGGACAAACGCUCGCCGUCUCCUCGAGCCAGGAGAGGCCGGGGCUCCGCUUCCCCGGCAAGAUCAUCAGGUGUAAAGCGAAAACCUGGAGGAAGGGGAGAUUCUCCACCUGAUUUUGUAAAGGCCAGAACCUCUGAGGGGUCUGAGUCAGAGGAGGAUAAAAAUGAAAAAGGGGCAACAGCAGAUUCGGUGCAGCAGCGACGUCAGUAUCGCAGGCAGAAUCAACAGUCCUCUUCAGAUUCAGGAUCUUCCUCCUCAGAAGAUGAAGGACCUAAGAGGUCAGCACCGGGGCCAGGCGCCAGGAACGGUGAAGUAAGGAGGAAACGCAGCCGUACGCCUUCACCUCGUAGGCGACAUAGAGAUCCCUCCCCAAGGAGGAGACGUUCUCCAUCUCCUGGACGCAGACGUCGCUCUCCUUCUCCCCCUCGACGUCGUAGAUCUCCCUCCCCUCCCAGACGCAGGUCUCCUUCCCCUCCUCCCCGCCGUCGCUCUCUGUCCCCCAGACGAUAUUCUCCCCCUAUCCAGCGCCGCUACAGCCCCUCACCUUUGCCUCCGCAGAAGAGGAAGCUGUCCAGUUCUCCCAUGAAGCGCUUUUCUCCAGGCCCUAAGCGACGCUCCUCCAGGUCACCUAAACGUAGAAGCUCUCCCGCUCAGCGGAGACGCUCGCCUCCUUCCUCCUCGUCUCCCCCGAGACAUAGAAGGAGCCCACCGUCUGCUAGGCCGAACAGGGACACCCGAUCCCCUCUCAUGUCAGCUAGACGCCUCUCCCCCUCCCCCGCUAACCGAGGUCGCCCUGUUCGGCGGUCCACUAGUCCCCAGAGACGCUUUGAUUCGUCCAGCACGUCCCCCUCCGCCCAGCGAAGACAGCAGUCCCCUCCACACAGCAGUAAGCUCAUCCGUAGGGUGUCUCGUACCCCAGAGCCGCGUAAAAGAAUCUCCCCAAGUCCGAAGCCUAUAAGAAGAGCUUCGUCCCGAUCCCAAUCGCUUUCCCCUCAACCGGCAGCUCAGAAACGUCCGGCUCCAGCUCCGGCCUCGGCUUCCCCAUCACCUUCCCGCUCUGCCAGCGGUUCUCCACCUCCUCCUCCCCCGGCCAAAAAGGCUACCAGUGGUUCUGGCAGUCAGUCUCCCAGCAAGAAUUCAGAUGUUGAUGGUGGUGGAAAGAAAAAGAAGAAGAAGAAGGAAAAAAAACACAAGAAAGAUAAGAAGCACAAAAAGCACAAGAAGCAUAAGAAGGAGAAAAGCAGCGCUGCUGUGACCGGCGACGUCCAGGAGAGUCGACCUGCAGAGGAAGACGGUGAUUCAAGAAAGGAAUCGGAGAGUGAAGUCGAUGACACCUUGGACGAUCUGGAAAAGCACCUCCGAGAAAAGGCACUGCGCUCAAUGAGGAAGGCCCAGACGUCUCCUUCAGAGAUGUCCUGAAAUAUGAAGCUUUUGAGUUUUCCUUUCACUUUUGGUGUUUGUCAUCAUCCUAGGUUCAGCUUUAGAAUGUACAAAUUGUUGAUUCUCGAAUCUUGUUUCUUUUUACAGGUUUGGUACAUUCUGGAAAGUGAGUUUCUUUUUAAAAAAAAAAAAAAAAAAUGGAUCCAUUAGAUAGUUUAUCUAAACUGUAAAACUUGUGUUGUCAAUACUUUCAGAUUGUUAAACAGGAGAAAUUUUUAAUUUCAUAGGUUUGAGUUGGGCAGGUUAAUGAUAUGUCGAUGUACAGUAGAUCAUUUAAGAAGCGAUUGCAUGUUCAGUGAUUACCUCUGAUGUGCAUGGACCACUGACCAUAUGAAGAGCGUAGGGAAAUAACACCAUACAAUAAGAAACUGUUACUAAUGUCUUUUCCCAGUGGAUGCUGCGUCAACGUCAUGCGCAGCUGAAGAGGCUUUAACAAAAUAUUCUGUUUCAUAUUCUAACUUAACUGAGAUGUUGGAUCAUUUAACCUGCUUUAUUCUGACUUUGAAAUUGUCUUAUUUGAAAAUGAAAGCAAUUUGAUGUGAAACAUGCUUUAUUUUUUUUUUUCUAAACUGAUUGAUAUGCAAUUUAUGUUGAUGCCCCUGACCUGUGCUAAUUUCUGUGGGACUGCUAUAGUGUAUGAUUUGUAUCUAGUAACCUUUUCUCUCGUCAUCCUGUCAUGCUUUCAGAAUUAAAAUUUUUUUUAAGACACAGCGUAAA